AUGAAGAUCAUCUGCAGCGACUCAAAGGGGCGUCUCAGUUUGGUGCAGGUAGAGGAAUCUUCACCAUCCCUGGACAUCCAGUGUCAGUGGGGAGCCCAUAAGUUUGAAGCCUGGAUCGCUGCAUUCAACUACUGGAAUCUAAGUACAGUGUUUUCAGGUGGAGAUGACUGUUUACUGCGAGGAUGGGAUACAAGAUCUACACCAGUCCACCCAAUAUUUACCAGCAAACAACAUUCAAUGGGAGUGUGCAGCAUUCAAAGUCACCCUCUUCGGGAGAAUGUUCUAGCGACAGGAAGUUAUGAUGAGCAUGUUCUCAUCUGGGACUUGCGGCAGAUGAAGCAGCCUGUAUCUGAUACCCAUGUUCAGGGUGGAGUCUGGAGACUGAAGUGGCACCCAACAGAGAGUUCCCUCCUGCUGGCUGCCUGUAUGGAUAGUGGCUUCCACAUUCUGGACACGGCGUCUGAUGGCUGCCCUAUUGCUUCCUCGUAUGUGCUUCACAACUCCUUGGCUUAUGGAGCGGAUUGGUCCACACAGUCUCCUUCAUGCAACGCAUCAGCCAGUCCUGAGCCAGCUUCCCUGCAAGCCAAUCGGUCAGAUGCCACAAGGUCAGAUGGAGCUGCACCAAACCUUGAGCAACCCGUGCAGAAUCUGAAAAUCUUCUACGAGUCACCCACUGCCAGCUUUGAUGUGAUUCUUGAGGAUGACCAUGGUGAUUACUUGCCUGAAACUGACCCUGUAAAGGAUUUGGACAAUAAGGCUCUACCAGAAAAAUCUAAAUACGGACCAGAAAACACCAGCUUGGUGGCUACCUGUUCUUUUUAUGACCAUGUCCUGCAUGUGUGGAGGUGGCGGUGGCAGAGAACACAGUCUGGGGAGUGA